GAUCGACCCCUGGGCAUGCACUGCAUCGCAGAAGACACCCCGAGAAGUGUUUUGUUAUCGCGGAAUAUGUGCUUCUAACCCACGGAAGUCCAGUGGUCGAAAUGGGUACCGUGCUAAGUUUCUCUCCGCGCGAGAGACGCCCUGUAUACACGACCAGUUCGAACGCCGACUUCACCCUGAACAACUUCUCGUACGAGCAGCUCAACAAUGUGAAGAACCGGGAGAACAAGCAGAACGUCAACUUGACCAACUCCAACAACCACAACUUGAACUGCAAUAACAUCAACAACUGCAACAAUGACAACGCUAGGAUCAUCUCGGAAAAGAACGCGCUGGAAAAAAACCUGAAGAAGCACAGUCUCUUCAUAAACAUGCUGUCCUGGAAGAGGUUCUCCACCGAGUAUAACAACAAGAAGAAGCUGGAUAACAAGAACAAGAACGUGACGGUGUACAAGCAACCAAUAGUUGACAACAUACAUCCGGUCAUCGACAAGAACAAGAACAUACAGCAGCAGAAACAGGGUUCGUACUAUUCCACCUCAAAAUCAUCAUCAACCAUUGCCCUGGAUAUCGUCAGAGUGAACAACCAGAACAACAACACUAACAACAACGUGAACUGUGAUAAGUUGUCUAAUAAGCAGAGUAUACUCAGCCAACAUUCUCUAAAUAAUCAGAACCAAGUUGUACCAGUAGCUGCACCUAGGAAAACGGUCAUCCAAGCCUCAACCUCUGAAUUAUUGAAAUGCCUGGGUUUGUUCCUCCAAGCCAAAUGUUUCAAAUUGAGGGACUUCCAAGCUGGGGAUGCUGUAAUGUGGCUCAGGACAGUAGAUAGGAGCCUCCUUCUGCAAGGAUGGCAGGAUGUGGCUUUCAUCAACCCAGCAAACGUCGUAUUCGUGUACAUGCUAGUCAGAGAGCUAGUAGAAGAAGACAUCGACUGCGAACAAGACCUACAAGCCGUAGUUCUAACCUGCCUCUACCUCUCCUACUCCUACAUGGGCAAUGAGAUCUCCUACCCCCUGAAACCCUUCCUGGUGGAAGACUCCAAGGAGAGGUUUUGGGACAGAUGCCUCGACAUCGUCAACAGACUGUCUACCAGCAUGCUCAGGAUAAACGCUGAGCCUGGCUACUUCACCGAAAUCUUCACCGAGCUCAAGGCGUGCGGUGUUGCCAACUUGGUAUCGAACAGCAUGGCAACAAUGGGGUGUCAGACGGUACCGGUGGUACCCUGCCACGCGGGUGGUACCACUGCGGCUUGACAGAACGACGUCAGUACUGUGGUGAAAUUGACGUUGGCUGAGUUGCCUACCGUACCGUGUGAGGUUUAGGGAAGAUUUUUAGGGAAAAAUUGCGGAUGCGUUUGAAUCUGCGAGUGGAGAUCUUCAGGUUUAGGAAGAAUGCGGCCAUUUUGGGUUGGUAGAUGUGGAAUUUCGAAUUUGACCUAUCUGAAAAGGUUGUUAGGAGCUGAAAACACAUCCGACAGCUUGUAUCUUGUCCAGAACACAGAAAUGCGUAGUCUACUGUCAAUGUCAAUGUGUCAAUGUCAAUGUCAAACUUUAUCACCCAUUCUUUGUCAGUAAUAAUUAUAAAAUACAAUUCUUUAACCUGAAUCUCGAUGGGAAUUCGUCAUUUCAUAAACACCAACCUAAAACGUUCUAUGAAUUAGCGAUUUUGAAAAACAUUCAUUGUCAGAAAUGAAUUUGAGCCUUCAAGGAAACAUUUGAGUAUACCUAACGUGAAAUGGUGUCUUUAAAACGCCAUUUCAAUAUACUAAAACCCCACAAAAGUCCAGAAAAGAUUCUGAACGCCUUUGUAACUAGUUCUGAACUAAACCAGACUUAAAAAAGUAAUGGAUUUUCCACGAGUCUCUCAUAGGUACUUGUAGAAAAGUAUUACCUACCUUUUUGGCAAUUUGUAUUAAUCGAAAUUUGCAAUCUCCAAAACUGCAAUGGCAUUCAGAUAAACCUGAAGAUUUCCAUAUGAACAAACAUUAGCUGUGAGUAUAAAAUAAGAUCGUUUAUUAUAUAAAUUUGACUUUGAUACCCUUCGAGAAGUGAAGAAAGGGAACAUAAAAUUUAAGGAAAUGUGUUCAUGUUCAUAUAUGAAUGAAGAAGUUAUCUUUGUAAUCGCUUAUUAUGAUAUACUAAAAAGUUAUGUUUAUUGAUUGUGUAUAAUUUUACAAUGUUCUCUCACAUUGUUUGUAAGUGCAGUGAAUAUUUAUCUACCUGCCUCUUCGGUUGUUGAACAGGAUGCAUUUUUACUCAUCCAUCAGAAUAUUUCUAUUUUUUUAUUCUUUAAAUGCGUAGUUCUUCAGUCGAAUUUAACGGUUUUAGGUUAUAAAUUCAAUUAUAGCAAUAGGCGUUCUUAUGCUUCAAAUUAACAUCCACCACUUAUAAUCUAACACCGCUAGUUUCGACUGAUGGACAGGGUGUCACCUUAAAUUUAAUGAAUAAUUGUUGAUUAUUUUGACUGAACAAAGAAUUUGAAUUUGCUCCUAAUAGAGCUUUGUGGGAGAUAUUUUAGUGUCUUGGAAACAAUCGUUAAAAAACCAAAACAGAUAUUAAACCCGCAAAAUUUUAAGAAAAUAGAGUAAAAUAUAGGUCGAAAUGAUAAAAAAAAAUCUUACUAGUUGAAUCUAUCCAUUACCUAAAAGUUUCAAACAGGAAUAAAAGCUUAAAAAUUGUUACAAAAUCGAUUUGAUAUUAUAUAUAGGUACAGUCCUCUUCAAAAUACCUUCGAAUUCUGCCAGGAUUCUGUUCAAUGUCAAAAGUGCAAAUGUUCUGUUCUUAGUGUAUCUCUUAUUCUUCCAAAAUCUUAGAAGAUCUGUCAUGUUCAUUGUAGAUAAAUUACUGACAUGGUCGGGAAUGUGCAAUAAGUUGGAACAUAAUUUUCAUUGUGAAUUCAUCAAUAUGAAUUUGCAUUUUAGGUAAUAAGAACUAGUGAAUUAAUGAAACUCUCAUUAUAUAUCCAAUUCGAAAAAUUUGAUAAAAUUUUGAAUACUAAGAGACAGAGUUGAUUGUAAUAAUAUGAUAUUUGAAAUAAUGAUUUUAUGUAUAAUUCACAUUUAAAAUCGAUAAUUUGUGAAAAAAUCGAUUCUUUCUAUAUAUUUGUUGGCUCUGUACAAAUAUAGUUGAUUAUUUCUGAAUGUGCCGGCAUGAUUAUUAUCUGAAGAGAACCUGAAAUGAUCUAGCUAGAAGAACCAACUCUGUAUUGAUAAGAUUAAGAACUGGCAUAUUUAUUUAGACUUAGUUUCAAUUUCCCAUCAGUAUUAGUGCAAUGUUGUAGAAUAUUAUUCAUUAUGUUAAAAGAACAAUUCAUUGUGCUUUGUUUUAUCAAGUCGCGAGUGUAUCAGAGAAUACAAUCUAUCGAUAUGAAUGUUCUUUAAUUUUCAUGAAAAUGUCACACAUUUUGAUAAUGUACAGUUUUUGUUUAGUGGAGGUUACCUUGUUAUUAAUGAUAGAAGUUGUUUUCAUAUUUAUAACUAUUACUUUUUUUGUUACUCCGGAUGUUGAAAAUGAACCCAGUGAUAUUUCGAUGUUUUUUUAUUUCCUAUUUAUACUUUUGGUAUGUUGUGACUGAUAUUGUAAGUAUUCGAAUGUUAUGGUUGGAUAAAUAAAUGUAGAAAAUG